CGUAUUGAAUCAUUUUAACGAUUUCCUGAGAGCCAGGAAGGGCCAACCUGUAGGGAAAAAGGGAAGCUGGACAUUAAGCAUCUUCUAGGGACUCUUCUAGCUGAUACUAUGAAACGGCGACAAAAGAGGAAACAUCUGGAAAACGAAGAGUCCCAGGAAACUGAGAAGGGAGGAGGAAUCUCAAAGUUGCAAGAGGAUGCCCCUCAGCCUGGAUGCACUGGAGUGGCCAAAGCCUGGAGCCUAGGAGUAGGGGAGUUCUCCUCUACCUCUGAAUACUUCUCCUGCGUUUCUUCUCCACACAAGCUCAUCCAUGCAGGAAUCCGGAGAUUACAUCAAGACAGUCCCCAACCUAGAUCACCCCUAGCUCAGGUUCAGGAACAAGGGGAGACUCUGCCCUGCUCACAUGUCUCCUUGUCAUCCUGUUCAUCCUAUAAGACGUGUGUGUCCUCCCUGUGUAUAAACAAAGAGGGAAGGGGCAUGAAAAUAUACUACAUGCAGGUACAAAUGAAAAAAGGUGUGGCUGUCUCCUGGGAGACAGAGGAAACCUCAGAGUCACUGGAAAAGCAGCCAAGGAUGGAAGAAGUGACCCUUCCUGAGGACAUGCGGGUAGGAACUCCCCCCUCUGAUGUGUCCACAAGAAACCUCCUGUCUGACAGUGAGCCCAGCGGGGAGGAGAAAGAGCACGAGGAGAGGGCAGAGUCAGAUAGCCUGCCAGGGUCACUGGCCGUUGAGGAGAGACCAAGGGCCAGGACACCUGACUGGCUGGUGACCAUGGAGAACGGCUUCAGGUGCAUGGCCUGCUGCCGGGUCUUCGCCACCAUGGAGCUCCUGCAGGAGCACGUGCAGUACGGGAUCAGGGAGGGCUUUAGCUGCCACGUCUUUCACCUCACCAUGGCUCAGCUGACGGGCAACGUGGAAUCCGAGAGCACCCAGGAGGAGGAAGAGGAUGAGGGCGAGGAGGAGGAAGAGAAGCAAGAAGAAAAGGAGAAUGAGGGGGAACAGCCCACAAGGGAAGACCUUGGCCCGUGGAGACCCUGGAGCCAAUGUCCAGGCUGUGUGUUUCACUCUCCAAAGGACAGGAACAACUGAGAUUCAUGGGCCAGAAGAUCCUGGAAAAGAGUGUGGCCUUCUCUUGGGAGAGGGAGAAGAAAGGACCAUGGAG